CGAGGAUUGAGAAGCGCAUUAUUUGACAGCUGUGUUACUUUGCCAAUGUCAGUGACCUUGUCAUUCCUUGCUUGCUGUGCAUUUCCAAAAGAGUCAAUUGACGACCGUGAAAUCAUUAAGUGGCAGCAAAAACGCAACAGGGAAAUAGAAAAAGAGCUGAAAAAGGAGAAAACUCGUCUUCGUCAAAGGCAAAUGAUCUUAUUAUUGGGUACUGGUGAAAGUGGAAAAAGUACUUUUCUCAAGCAAAUGAAAAUCAUUAAUGGAAAGCACUUUACAAACCAAGAAAUCGAACAGCUAAAAGAUAUUAUAUAUGAUAACAUAUACAAAGGUGUUUUAUUCCUACUGCAGGCACGGGAAAGUCUCAAUAUUCCAUGGGCUGGUGGACUUGGUUCCGCUGCUGCUCAGGCUAGUAGAGAAAUUGAGGCACAUUUUAAAGAAACUCGAAUGAUGCGUCGCGAGCGCUCUCGACUUGGUCAACCACUUUGGUUGGAAGAAGAAUUUCUGGAAAUCGUGCCUUCACUGAAUGCGAUUUGGGGAGAUGAAAGUGUUCGAUUAGCAUUCGACCAACGUUCAAAAAUUAUUACAGAGAAUUUCAGUGAGAAUACACGCUAUUACCUCAAUCGUCUAAAUCAUAUUGGUGUAGAAAAUUAUCGUCCAACUGAUGAAGAUAUAGUUUGGUCACGUAAACCAACGGAAUCUAUAAUUGAAGAAGAAAUAAAUGUCCACUCAUCAUCACUUGUUUUUAUUGACGUCGGUGGACAAACAAAAGAACGUCGUAAAUGGUGUCAAUGUUUUGCUGAUAUGACAUCUGUCCUGUUCCUUAUUGCUUGCAGUCAUUACGAUGAACAUUAUCAAGAUCGAUUAACUAAAGAAUUUCGAAAUAAAUUACAUGAAGCUAUGGUUGUUUUUGAAGGACUUAUCAAUCAUAUUGCUUUUAGACGUGUUUCCAUCAUUAUAUUUUUUAACAAAACUGAUAUACUUAAAGAAAAGUUAAACUCACGUACAUCAAAUAUUCGUGAUGAGUUUCCUAAUUACCCCGUGAAAAUGGAUCCAUUUCGUCUGCAAGAUGUUCAAACAUUUAUGGUUGAAGUAUUUGCCUCUCUAGUCAAUCACAACUUUCCACCAGAUACUCAAGCUCGUUCAAGUCUUUCACAUUCAUCAUUCAAUAAUACUGCUAAAUGUUCAUCUCUUCAUAGACAAAACUCUGUACCUAUGUCCACUAACGUAACAUUUACAGCCCCUGUACGAAAACGUAUGGUCUAUCGUCAUUUCACAACUGCUGUAGAUAGGCGGAAUAUCGAAACAGUAUUCAAUGCUAUGCAAGAUACAGUAUUGCAAAAUAAUUUACGUCGUAUCAUGAUGAGCUAAAUACAGACAUAUAAAGUUGUUCAUUUAUUGAGACUACAAAGUGUUUACUUCCAUUUUCUGCUUUGGUUUAUUAUGUUGUUUGCGCCCUUAGAUCUCAGUGAACAUAAUAUCUAUACCUUCCGAAAAUUAAUUAAAAGUCCUACUUACUAUUCUUACCAACAAUGUCUGUGCCAAAUUUAAACUACCACUAAAAUCAUCAAUAAUACUAAUAAGAAGUGUGUGCUUUUCAUUUCAUAUUUUCUUAUCUAAUCAUUAAUUGUCUUUCAUGCUACUCAAUUCUUUAUUACAUAAAUAUAUACAUGCUUUUUGAGUUUGUAUUUAUUUUCCACGCAUUUGCUUACGUUGAGCCUACAUAUAUAAACACAAGACGUUAAUGGUACGAGCAUCUGUCGAUUAUAUAUAGAUCCAAGUGAUUUAUUCCAUUUGAUUUAUGUAGAUAAUAUACUUUAUUUUUCUAUAUAUAUAUACAUAUAUAUAUAUAUAUAUAUAU